AAAGUCAAUGUGUGUACUGGAAACCAGAAUUAACUGUAAAUUUGUGGAAGUCAGAUGGGUGUAAAAGGAAAUACUCAGAUUCUAACCGCUUGAUUUGUGAAUGCGACCAUCUCACUGCCUUCGCUACUAUGGACAUUUCGGGGAGACGCUGGUUAAGCAAAGCUGAGCAGGGCGCUUUGGAGAUAAUAUCUACAGUUGGUUGUUCGCUAUCAUUGGCUGGUGUGAUAUUGACGAUAUUUGCCCACGUGUUGCAGUGGAAAAAAAUCCACAGAAAUGUCACAAGCAAAGUUCCUUCUAAAGUUCUCGUGAAUCUCUGUGUUGCCAUCGGAAUGACAAAUGUAUUUGCUAUUCUUGCAGGACCCGCACGUAAUGAAGAGACAUUCUGCAUAGUCACCUCUAUUUUAUUGUACUUUUCUGUACUCGCGUCAUUUGGAUGGAUGUUAUGCGAGGGAGUUGUGAUCCACCGGCAACUUGUCAAUGUGUAUGCAAGUUUGAGCCUGGGGGGAAAGUAUAUGAAGGCCUUUUACGCCAUUGGCUGGGGACUUCCAGUGAUCAUGGUCGCUGUGUUAGUCGGAAUAAAUCGCCCAGAUGAUUUUAUAUCAGAACACUCAUGUUGGUGCCGUGCUGGAGGUGCGCUGUUUUGGACUUUUGUCGCUAUCAUUGGACUAAUAUUUCUGAUCAACAUUUCUAUAUUCGUUCUGGCUUUACGAAAUACUUUAUCGUCCAGGGCAGUAAGCAUAAACCACACUGAUGCUGAUAGCAAGCUAAGGAAAGCAGAAAUCGUUCUCAAAGGUUCUGCUGUUCUUCUCCCAAUACUUGGUCUAACCUGGGUGUUUGGUUUGCUGGUAUUCAAUCGAGAAACGAUUAUGUUCAAAUAUUUAUUCGCAAUAUUUAACUCUCUACAAGGAUUGAUGAUAUUCGUUUUCCAUGUGCUUCUAAAUGUAAAGUUCCGCAAUGCUUUCUCUAAAGAAGAUAGGAGUUACACUGAAAGAAGCCACAACUACGCUAUGGUCCGAAAAAAUAAUACCUACAGCAGUCCCAGCAAUGGAAACUACUAUGGUCCUGCUCCAGGGGUAACUUUGAGCGAAACGUUGAGCCGCUCCUCGCCAAUGAUGAGCCGAAAAAAUAAUUCUACAGAGAAGAUUGAUGCAAUGACAGCUUAAAAUUCGAAAAUAAGAAAUGACAAUGCCGACUGUACAAUACCGAGUAAAAAAGAAUCGCCUUUUUGAAGAUAAUUCUCCGUGCCUGGUCUGACGGUACUCGACCGGCUGUGUUUAGACAUGACAUCUUGAAGGCCUGACCAUACAGUGUAUAGUGUACAGUAUGUUAUGAGAUAGAUCUGGCUCAGUUUCGGAUCACACUUUUUGUUUCGCAUUAGCUGAAUUAAGUAUUAUUUAAAACAUGCGAAGGAGUCUUGUCGUAUUUAAAACGCGAGGUCAAAAUAAAUCACUUCAAAUACGCCGCGCGCAUUGUUGUUUAGAAAUAAAUUUGCACCGUGUAUGCAAGAGGUAAUUAGGAUGAAAGUACAUUUCAUAAAUAAUGCUCAUGCAUGAACGUUACAAAUUAUAUAAUGUUGCAUCCUAAUUAGACAGCAUUCAUGGUACUUUAUAUCAGGUAUGAA